UUCCGAGCUUAGGAGAAGCCUCCUCUGUUUUUGUUCGCUCUUUUGUUCUUUUUCUUUUUUCUUUUUACGUUUGUUGUUUUCGUUUUUGAUUAUCUGUUGGGGUAGCAUUCACAAACACCCAUUAGGAAAGGAACAAAUAAAUGCUCUGUUUCACCACAGCUUUUUGAUUCCACUGCGAAACUCUGUUUUUGAACUCAAUACAAAGGAGUGAAACAGGGUAUAGCGAGAAAUCGAUGGAGGGUGUGAUUUCGAAUCAUGAAAUGAAGCCAUCCAAGUUCAGGAGGAUUUGCGUGUUCUGUGGAAGUAGCCAAGGCAAGAAGAAAAGCUACCAAGAUUCCGCCAUUGAACUUGGCAAGGAAUUGGUUUCAAGGAACAUUGAUCUGGUUUACGGUGGGGGCAGCAUAGGGCUGAUGGGUUUAGUGUCACAAGCUGUUCAUGAUGGCGGUCGGCAUGUCAUUGGAGUUAUACCCAAGACACUCAUGUCUCCUGAGUUGACUGGUGAAACUGUCGGGGAAGUGAAGACAGCGGCAGAUAUGCACCAAAGGAAGGCAGAGAUGGCAAAGCAUUCAGAUGCUUUUAUUGCUUUGCCAGGAGGGUAUGGGACUCUGGAAGAACUACUUGAAGUCAUAACAUGGGCUCAACUUGGAAUUCAUGACAAGCCAGUCGGUGUGGGGCUGUUGAAUGUUGAUGGUUACUACAAUUCAUUACUCUCAUUUAUUGAUAAAGCUGUAGAGGAGGGAUUCAUCACUCCAAAUGCGCGUCAAAUUAUCCUAUCUACGCCAUCAGUCAAGGAGCUAGUGAAGAAGUUGGAGGAGUAUGUGCCUUGCCGUGACAGAGUUGCUUCAAAGCUGAGUUGGGCGAUAGAAUAGCUUGGCUUCUGAAGAUGGUCCACAACUUUUUUUUUGCAAAUGAAGGAGGAGACCACAAUGAAUUUAUGUCUAUUAUUGCCUAUUUUCUGGUGUUCUUUCCCCUUUUUGGUAAAUUACUCCAUUUCAUAUCAGUUUAUAUAUAU